UGGUGGUGAUAUUGGUAGCCUACCAUGUAACCACGUCAGCCUCUUCUCUUCUGCCGUCCUUGCGUGUAGUUAUGUCAGCCUUUUCUGCCGUCCGUGCACCGCAAUCACAUCAACAGCCAACAACCACGUCAGUCUGUUAUCUCUUAGACCGCUGGGCCAUUUUUUCUACAAUCAGUUAAUCAUAUUACCUAUGUAUUCAAACUCCAAUCAACCUUCUCAUCACUUGAAUUUGAGGCGAGGUUAGAGAUAAAUAGGAUAUUUAUUUAUAUUAUACAUAUCUUUUAGGAUUGUGCAUAUAUCAUUGCGCAUAUCCCUUAUUGACUAGAAUUGAUAUCAUAAUAUCUUAUUGCCUUAGAUAAUCAUCUUAAAAAAUGAUGAUGCACUAUUCAUCAUAAUAAACAAGAAAUAUAGAAGCUACUCAAUUCUUCUUUUCGCUUUAUUCUCAUCAUGGUAUUAGUCAACUUGUUAGUCAAAUUCUAAAUUCCACACAAGAUUAUAUGUUUUUUAUGAUGUCUCUUUACCUAUCAAUUUAGACUGUUAUGCUAGACUAUUUGCCUUAUAAACAGAGCGCUAUUGGAUUCAUCCAUUGAUAGUUCAAGACAUCCAUCAAUUCAUAUGACUCACGUGAAGCAGAAAUUUUUUAAAUUUGCAUCAUUCGUUUAAGGUCGUAAGAAAAAGACUCUUUUGGACUUUUACAGCUUUUGUAAGUGCAUAAUUAUUUAGCUAAUUGCUAAGCAGACUUUGAGUUUGAGCCAUGUUCUUCAAGAUUCUUGUUCUGGUUUCUCUGCUAGCCGUUUUGGCUUACGCUCAAGAGACCAGUUUCGUGUACAACGGCUUCAAAUUGGGAGAGCUGCGCCUCGAUGGGAUGGCCUGGGUCACCUCCAAUGGCCUCCUGAAUUUGGGCUACGACGUCAAACAGCAGAUGGGUCACGCCUUCCAUCCCGACCCAGUCCAGUUCAAGAACUCGCCAAACGGCUCCGUCUUCUCCUUCUCCACCACGUUCGUCUUGGCUAAUCAAGCUCAGUAUGCGACUCUGAGGGGCCAUGGGAUCGUCUUUGUGGUCGCGCCCCAGAGAGGUUUCCCCGGGUCCUUGCCGAGCCAAUACCUCGGCAUGUUCAACCAAACCAACGUCGGCGACCCCACCAAUCAUGUGUUCGGGGUGGAACUUGACACGAUCAUGAGCACCGAGUUUCAGGACAUCAACGAUAAUCACGUUGGGAUCGACUUGAACGGGUUGACAUCAGCAAAGUCAGCUCCAGCGGGGUAUUAUGCAGAGGGGGGGAAGUUCAAGAACUUGACUCUAAUCAGCGGUAAAGCAAUGCAAGUUUGGGUGGACUACGAUGGCACGGAAAAGCAGAUCAAUGUCACAUUGGCUCCGAUCAAAGUGCGAAAGCCAAACACUCCCCUUCUAUCUCUUACAUGCAAUCUCUCGUCGAUUAUCAACGAGAACAUGUAUGUUGGCUUUUCGUCAUCGACCGGUUCGUUCGGGACUUCUCACCAUGUUCUGGGUUGGAGCUUCAUGGUAAAUGGAAAGGCUCAGGCACUUGCCCUGUCCCAACUUCCUAAGCUUUCUCAGAUCAAUAAAAAGGAGACGUCGAAAGUACUGACGAUUGGGCUACCCUGGGUGGUUCUUUUAGUCAUAUCAAUGCUGAUCUUGAGCGUAGUUUACGUGAUGAGAAGGAAACGGAAAUUUGCCGAGGUGCUCGAAGAUUGGGAGAGGGACUACGGCCCACACCGGUUCAAGUUCAAAGAUCUUUAUAUUGCGACAAAAGGAUUCCGGAACCAAGAGCUAUUAGGGACGGGUGGGUUUGGUCAGGUCUAUAGAGGAAUCUUACCCACAUCAAAGAUAGAGAUCGCGGUGAAGAGGGUCUCCCAUGAAUCGAGACAAGGCAUGAGAGAAUUUGUAGCGGAGAUCCUCAGCAUCGGUCGGCUCCGUCACCGCAACAUAGUGUCGCUCCUCGGUUACUGCCGCCGGAAAGGGGAGUUGCUCUUGGUUUACGACUACAUGCCCAAUGGGAGCCUCGACAAGUACCUCUAUAACCAACCAAAGGUCAUCCUCAAUUGGAGCCAAAGAUUUAGGGUGAUCAAAGGAGUGGCAUCUGGGCUGCUUUAUCUGCAUGAAGGGUGGGAGCAAGUGGUGAUCCACAGGGAUAUAAAGGCGAGUAACAUCUUGCUAGAUGCUGACUUAAAUGGAAGACUUGGAGAUUUUGGGCUUGCAAGAUUAUAUGACCAUGGAACCGACCCUCAAACUACUCAUGUCGCAGGAACGCUCGGUUAUCUCGCCCCUGAGCACAUGCGAACCGGCAAGGCCACUAGGAGCACUGAUGUGUUCGCAUUCGGAGUGUUUUUGCUUGAGGUCACCUGCGGGAGAAGGCCGGUAAAGAUUCGGGACGCGGAGGACGCGAUAUUGGUGGACUGGGUAUUUUCUUGCUGGGACCGAGGUGCAAUUCUCGAGGCAAGAGAUCCGAAGUUGGGGGCGGAGUUUGUGGAAGAAGAGAUGGAGUUGGUGCUGAAACUCGGGUUGAUGUGUUCCCACUCCGACCCGUUGAUGAGGCCGAGCAUGCGUCAAGUUUUGCAAUACUUGGAAGGCGAUAUUCCGAUGCCGGAGUUGUCGUCCAUCGGCAGCAGGUUAACAUUCAGUCAUCACGAAGGUUUUGAUGAUUUGGCCAUGCCUCCGUCCUCCAUGGACAAGGCAUUCCCGCAAUCAUCUUCUGUCGUAGAAUCGCUUCUGUCAGGUGGGCGAUGAGCCUCAUGGUUUAGUUUCUUAUCUUAUUCCAUGCUCUUUAUCUGGUGAGCAUCGAUAUGUCCUAGGCUCUAUGAGUCAUUCUGUUACUAGUCGGUGAAGCAUCGCUAAAAUACACGCUCUUGUAUUUUAUAUGGCUCAAAUUGGCCGCCGGCGCGGCAGCCGCUACCGGAUGCUGCUCCCGGGAGUCGUUCACUGAUUGGUGCACUUUAUUUUUGUUCUGUAGGCCUAAUCACACCACAUCACCAAAAAACAAAAACUAGUUUUCUCUCUCCUCCUCUGUUUUCCCUUUACUCACCGUCAGUUUUUUGUUCAUUUUUUGUUUUUGCUGCACUGCAACUAUCUCGUUUCUCUCCCUCGUUACGAAACAGAGUGCCAUCACAGUAGUCGUCAUCGCCAUCUCUCGAAGCCGCGUC